AUGGCCUCGGCCACUGUACGGCACGCUCGUCGAGAAGACGCUUCUGUCAUUCUCGAGCUAAUCCAAGCACUUGCUGCCUAUGAGAAAGAACCCAGAAUCGACGCCACCGUCGAAGCUAUCCGGGAUACCAUAGCCUUUGCGGCACCAGCUUCGGCUGAAGACGGCAUCACUGUCCCGGAAACGGAGCCUAUAUCCCCAAACAGGCCGUCUCGCUGCCUGCUCCUGUUUGACCCCGAAGACAAGGCUAUAGCGCUCGCACUGUACUUUUACAACUACAGCACGUGGCAAGCCAAGCCGGGGAUAUAUCUCGAGGACAUCUUCAUCCAGCCUUCUGAGCGGGGUAAGGGGUACGGGAGGAGGCUCAUGGUGGAGUUGGCGAAACAGGCUGUUGCCAUGCAGGCUGGCAAGAUGGACUGGGCAGUGCUCAAGUGGAACGCGCCGAGUAUCAAGUUCUACGAGAGGAUUGGCGCCAAGGUCAUGGACGAGUGGGCGGGGAUGAGGAUCGAGGGACGGGCUAUGGAGGAGCUUGCUCGAUUCUACGAUUAG